GAACAACACCCGGCAAAAGAUGUUGUCCAGGCUGAGCGAGUGGUUCUGGAACGAGAGGCUGUGGUUUCCAGAAGGACUGGGUUGGGCUGACCUGGAGGAUCGCGAUGGUCUCACCUACGCCAAGGCAUCUGACCUCUGGGUGAGCCUGCCCAUCGCCCUCGCCUUCCUCAUUAUACGACAGAUAUUUGAGAGGACAGUGGCCAUUCAACUGGCCGCGGCUUUGGGCGUAAAGGAGAAAGUCAGACUGCAAGCGGCGCACAACCCCACGCUGGAGUCGUACUUCAGAAUCACAAGUAAAAAUCCCAAACAGGGCGAAAUUGAGAGUUUAGGUAAAAAGACCGGGUACUCAGAAAGUCAGAUCCACAGAUGGUUCAGACGACGAAGGAAUGAAGAGCGACCCAACAAGCUGAAGAAGUUCAAAGAGGCCAGUUGGAGAUUUACCUUUUACCUUCUUGCUUUCAUUGCUGGCCUUGCUGCACUUAUUGAUAAACCUUGGCUCUACAAAAUGAAGGAGAUGUGGGCAGGGUUUCCAAUGCUGACGCUGCUGCCUUCUCAGUACUGGUACUACAUGAUUGAACUGGGCUUUUACAUGUCCCUUCUCUUCAGCGUCGCAUCAGACGUCAAGCGAAAAGACUUUAAAGAACAAAUAGUGCACCAUGUUGCCACCAUCCUGCUGAUUAGUUUCUCCUGGUGUGUGAACUACAUCAGAGCAGGAACCCUCAUUAUGCUGGUGCACGACGCCUCCGACUAUCUGCUGGAGUCUGCCAAAAUGUUUAACUACGCCGGAUGGAGAAAAGCGUGCAACUACAUAUUCAUCGUAUUUGCUGUCAUCUUCAUCAUCACCAGACUCGUCAUCUUCCCAUUUUGGAUUUUGCAUUGUACUUGGGUGUAUCCGGUGACCGUUUAUCCUCCGUUCUUUGGAUAUUACUUCUUUAAUGGGCUGCUGUUUGUGCUUCAGUGUCUGCACAUCUUCUGGGCUGUACUCAUUCUGCGUAUGGCCAUCAAAUUCUUGCCAGGCAAUAAUAUUGUGGAGGACGAGAGGAGUGACCGAGAAGAAACAGACACCGAGGACGAUGAGGAAGAACAGGAGGACAGGAAAAAUGGACCAGUGCAGAACGGCCACUCUCCUCUAAACAACAACCAUCACCGCAAGACCGAGUGAUCCUAGCAGAGACGAGAGAGGAGGUACACACGGACGAGACCAACAAACUAACGCCAGGGGUGUUUGAUGGAUUGAAAAGGCCCAGAGCAAACACACACUCACAAUACAUGUAGAUAUAUACAUGAUACUCAUUUUCAGAAACGGAUAUACUUUGAAAAGGAGGAACGAUGAAACUUCUUUCCCCUCCUUGCAAACUAUUUAAAACACUAUUGAUAGGCACCGUAUUAUUAUGUUUGUUCAGGGUCUUGUCUAAUGUUAAUGAAUCCAAUGUUCACUUGCUUUACUGGAAAUAUUUCCUCUAGUUUAUUAGGUGUUUAGUGCCUUAUUAGUACAAAGUUGUACUGAUGUUCUUAGUUUUGUCUUUUGUGCAUCACACACACACUCCUCCCUUUACUUGUCAGUAAUAUGUUUUUGCAUGGUUUGUCUGGUCAACUGUCAAAUUUCCAAGAAUCCCUCAGUAUUUCAGUUCUGAAGUUGCCGGAAACUGACUGGAAUUUUUCGUUUCGUGUCACCCAUUUGUUCACUAUAUAAUAAUCUCACCAAGUGACCUUCACACACCUGCUUUACUUAGAAAACUUGAUCUUUCCCCAAUCCAGUUGCACUAAUAAACAUUACUGACCCAGUCUUGCAACACUUCCACUUUACAGAGACACAAAGAUUUGUAUUGCCAUGAUGUCUCAUCCCAAAGGCACUAAAUCAGUGUGCUGCAUUUUGCAUUUAUUAUUUGUCUGUUGAGUUCGUAACAAAGCAGCAAAUGUGUGUGUGGAAGAAUCCUAUAUCUAAUAUUUGUGUUGGUCGGCGUGUGUCCUGUAACACAUUUCUGUUAAAAAUGCAUUCUUAAAUAACAGUUAUUUUAAAGUGUUUUUUUUUUCUUCUGGUUUUUCAUUUAAGAUUAUUUUUAUUUAAGGUCCAUAUAUUUUCAGCAACCCUGAUAAGCUGAUCAUUUAUGCAGUAUGUGGAAAAUGACUUUGUAAAAUGCAAAAACAAAGUACUUGGCAGGAGAACCUGUAGUUAGUGUUUUUCUCUUCCAUUUAUAUGAUGAAUAAUUACAGUAACAAUCAGUAUUGAGUGCUGGAUGCACUUUGUAACUCUUUGUCUAAUGUAAAAUGCAUUAUAAUGAUUGUGUUGUUAGCAAACUGUUUGACAUAAUUGAAUCUCUGGCUUGCAUUUGUGGUAUUUAUGGGAAAUGGAUUACAUAGUUUUCAAAAAAGGUUAUGGAAAUGAUCCAAUAUGUACUGUUUGCCCAGUGUCUGCUGCUUUACAUGAGAUCAUGUUAAACCUUGAAGGCACAGUUCAUUGUCAUUAUUUACUCGCUUUCAUUUCGCUCCAAAACCUGACUUUUCUUCUGUGGACAUCGAAAGAAACUUGGUGUGCAAACAACACUGGACACCAUUGACUUUAAUUGUAUGGACAACAUAGUUAAUAUUUAUGUCUGCAGAAGAAAGUUCUUGAAUGACAUGAGGGUGAAUAAAUGAUGUCAGCAUGUUCAUUUUUGGGUGAUUUAUCCUUUUAAGUGUCAUAUUCAAUUCCACAUGAUCUCUUGUUAUAAUUUAAGCAACAGGUUUACAGAUUGUGGUCCAGUAUUUCUUUUGUUAAUAUAUAAAAGUCAGUGUCAAUAGAGGUGCUCAGCAUAUAAUGCAUUUUUGCUAGAUUGGCUUUACAAAGUUAUUUUAAGUUUCCAAAUGUUGCCACAAGUGCCUUAUUUGUAAAUGUAUAUCUGUGUCAUUUCCAUGUGUGCUUGUUGUCCUUGUGUUCCUGACCUCAUGGGCUUUAGAUUUUAAGCUGAACCAUCCUCCUCUCUCUCACUCCUUCUCUGUUUACAUCCAUUCAACCUCAUCUCUCCUCGCGGCCCGGUGCCAAGACCAAUCCCAGCCCUUCGCCGCUUCCUGUCGACUCCGGGUCCACCGCAUAAACAAUUUGAUCUCUGUCCCAACUGCCAGUGUUUUAUGUUGUAUUUUGUAUCAUUAUUCAAUGAUGAAAGAUAAAGAUUCUUGUGAAUGAGA